AUGGCAACUGUGAUAUUUGUCGACCAAGAAAAUGGAGACUUUGCUUCUACCACCCUGUUCAAGGAUCUUGAACAAGCUAACUCUGCAAAACACCUUUUCAAAAGUAAUCUAGGAAAAGUGUUUGGCAGCUCUGGAACUGUGGUGAAGCCAAGAAAAGCACUGGGAAAUAUCAACAAGCAAGUUGCCCAAACAGCUGCUCCAUUCCAGAAAGGUGCCCUUAAAGUGAAGACAUCUGCACCAGUUACCAAGCAGAUUUCUAAGGUCUACAUUAAGACUAGAAAACAGAACUAUCCUGAGAUUGAGAAGUGUCUCCCUUACAAUCCUGCAGAUUUUGAAACCUUUGAUGUCCCAGAAGAGCACAAGCUGAGCCACCUUGACCUUUCUGGAGUUCCCCUUAUUGUGCAUGAACACAAAGCUUCAAAGGUUGAUGCUUGGUUUGCCCAUGAGCCAGCUCCAAUGGAUAUUCCAGUCAUUAGCUGGGAGUCAGAUAUUUCAAGCGCACUUGCAUCUUUCCUGGCAGCCCUUGAUGAUUUUGCACUUGACCUGCCCCAGAUGAUUUCUAAAGUCUGCAUUAAGACUAGAAAACAGAGCUAUCCUGAGAUUGAGAAGUGUCUCCCUUACAAUCCUGCAGAUUUUGAAACCUUUGAUGUCCCAGAAGAGCACAAGCUGAGCCACCUUGACCUUUCUGGAGUUCCCCUUAUUGUGCAUGAACACAAAGCUUCAAAGGUUGAUGCUUGGUUGGCCCAUGAGCCAGCUCCAAUGGAUAUUCCAGUCAUUAGCUGGGAGUCAGAUAUUUCAAGCGCACUUGCAUCUUUCCUGGCAGCCCUUGAUGAUUUUGCACUUGACCUGCCCCAGAUGGUGAACUGUUGA